UAAGUGUACAUGUAGUCUUUUCUCUACUUUCGUCCUCUCUCCCUUAAUCCAGGCUUCCAAUGCCCCUCAAAUCCCAAAAAAAUCUUUUUUAAUGGCAGCCAUUUUUAACUUUACUUUAAAACCAGUAUUUAAUGUCUACAAUUUUAGUUAUUUUCUGGGUCACUGAGUUGCUGACUCGCUUCAACAAGCUCCCCGGACCACACAUUGUGUAACUCUACCUCUUUCUGCAUAUUUUGCUCACUUGGGGUUUGCUUUUGUUCUAACAGAUUCAGAUUUUCGGAUUAUUUUUUGUAUUUCUUGUUGAAUAUUCGAAUAAAGAUCUAGUGGGGUUUUCUUGUUUCUUUUGCAUGUUGCUUCAAAUUCAUUGUAAGUGCCUUCUUUAUGCUCAUUUGAUUGAUUUCAUCAUUUUUUGGCAGUUUUUUCACCUUCUAAAUGCUACUUUCCUUUCACCUUUAUAAAUGCUACUUUUUGUGCAAUUUGAUAUAUGUUGGCUUUCAUAUGUACCCAAAUCCCUUAGUUGAUUAAUUUAAAUUGUAAAAGUUUAAAGGGUUCUUAAAAGGUUGAGUUUUUUUUGGUUAAAUUAUUUCAAAGCAUUGAAUUUUGAAACUUUUUGGUUUAAUUGGGAGUUGGGUGUAAAGAAGGAAUGCAGACAUUCUUCUGGGUAAUUUUUGUCUGGGUGCAACUGGCGUUAGCGGGUUCCGACUUUAAUGCACUUUUAGAGCUUAAAAAAGGCAUUAAAAAUGGUCCUAAUGGAAUUCUUGACUCUUGGAAUGCUAAAUCAUUAGCUUCUGAUGGAUGCCCAGAGGGUUGGCAUGGAGUUAGUUGUAGAAAGGGUAAUGUAGAGUCAAUCAUGCUUAAUGAUGCUGGUUUGAUUGGAGAGAUUGAUUUCGAAACGAUUUCGAGUCUUAAAUUGCUUCGAAAUCUGUCAAUAUCGAAUAAUCAAUUAUCUGGGAGUAUUUUGGAGAUUUCUUCCCUAGAAUCUCUAGAAAAUUUGGACCUCUCGCGAAAUUCUUUCCGUGGAUUAAUGCCUUCUAACAUUACUCGGUUGAAGAACUUAGUGUCUGUAAAUCUUUCGACGAAUAACUUUGAAGGUGUAGUGCCCUCUGGGUUCCUUGAGCUGAAGAAUUUGAAGUACCUUGAUUUGCACUCUAAUAAAUUUUCUGGGGAUGUUAUGAGUCUUAUCUCAAAAGUGGGUGGCCUGUUUGUGCUUGAUCUUAGCUGCAAUCAGUUUAAUGGGCAGUUGGAUAUUGGACUUGGAAGGCCUAGCUUUGUUUCCAAUAUUCAGUAUUUAAAUGUCAGUCAUAAUGCUUUGGUAGGAGAGCUCUUCUCCCAUGACGGGACGCCAUUUUUUGACAGCCUUGAGGUGUUUGAUGCUAGCUAUAAUCAGAUUAAUGGUACCAUACCUUCUUUCAAUUUCGUUGUCUCUCUUCGUGUUCUUCUACUUGGAAGCAAUAUGUUAUCAGGGCCUCUUCCAGAAGUGCUUUUGCAAGAUAGUUCAAUGGUCUUAUCAGAGCUGGAUCUCAGCCUUAACCAGCUUCAAGGGCUGGUGGGAAGUAUUACAUCUACGAACUUGAGGAGUCUAAACUUAUCUUCAAAUCAACUUUCAGGCUCCUUGCCCCUGAAGAUUGGGCAUUGUGUUACCAUAGACCUUAGCAACAAUAAGUUUUCAGGAAACCUCUCAAGGAUUCAACAUUGGGGAAGUGAUGUAGAGGUUGUUGAUUUAAGUUCUAAUUCUUUGACAGGGAUUUUUCCAAGUAAAACUUGUCAGUUUUUGAGACUGACUUCUCUCAAGGUAUCCAACAACUCAGUUGAAGGGGGUCUCCCAACCAAUCUAGGCACAUACCCUGAGCUAAAAUUCAUUGAUCUAAGCUAUAAUUUGCUGAGUGGAUUCCUCCCAAGUGUAUUCAGUUGGACGAAAUUUACCAGUCUUAACCUGUCGCACAACAAUUUCAGUGGAAUUGUCCCUCUUGAAGCAGGAUCAGAAAUUGAUAAUUUAGCUUCAUACAAUUUUAGCUUAUUGUCAUUGGAUUUAUCACAUAACUAUUUAAGUGGUGAUUUUCCUAUUGAAAUAAGCAAUUUCCACAACUUACAAUAUCUCGACCUGUCCAGUAACAAUUUUGCGGGCAGCAUCCCAAGUAAUCUUUCAGAGCAGUUAACUGGACUCAAUGUUUCUUACAAUAACCUUUCAGGUAUUGUGCCUGGGAAUCUUAGAAGGUUUGCAGAUGCCUCAUUUCAUCCUGGUAAUUCACUACUGAUAUUCCCUGGUUCACCUGGAAGUAACUUAAGCAUGAAUUCAAGUCGUCAUCAUAGCCGGAAUCAAGCUGUUGCAUCCAUUAUUGCUGGUCUAAUUGGUGGUGCUGUUGUUCUAGUUCUUUUAUGGCUGAUAAUGUAUUACAGGAAUAAGGUGAAGAAGCAUUCUGAAACAGAUAAGAUAGGGCAAAGUGAGAAUAAGAGUAGGCCAUCUUCGCUCCCAAGUACAACAGCGUCCUUGAAAAGUAUUGAUCCAUCAUCAAAUUCACCUAGCUCAGGUCAGGGAUCAAAGAUGGAAGCUACAGCUGCACUAGGAAGCUCUACAUCCAAUGUAACAAAGUGCAAAGAUCUGGAAUCAAGUAGAAAACAUGGUGAGAUAUCAUCUUCAAAUCAAUCGCCUGCCAAAGGCCAAAUUGUAUUCCAGAAUCUUGGUGCAGUUAAGAUUGGUUCGCCAGACCAACUUGCUGGGGAUUUACAUAUCUUUGAUGGGUCUUUGGUGCUAACUGCUGAACAGCUCUCACGUGCUCCUGCUGAAGUCAUUGGGAGAAGUUGCCAUGGAAUUCUAUACAGAGCUGCACUUGACAAUGGCCAUAUGUUAGUCAUAAAAAGACUGAAAGAAGGGAUAGCAAAAGGAAGAAAAGAGUUUGCAAGGGAAGCCAAAAAGCUAGGAAAUGUUAGACAUCCAAAUCUGGUAUCUCUCCAGGGCAUUUACUGGGGUCCAAGGGAGCAUGAGAAGUUGAUUGUUUCAAAUUACUUUAAUGCACCAUGCUUAGGCAUCUACAUACAAGGACCAGAACGAAAACAAGUCCCGUGUUUGUCCUUAAUGAAACGAGUGAAAGCAGCAAGAGAUGUUGCCCAAUGUUUAGAUUACCUUCACAAUGAGAAAGCCAUACCUCAUGGCAACCUCAAGUCUACAAACAUUCUUAUACAUCCUUUGGUAGAGAGUGUACUCGUCACAGACUAUGGUCUCCACCGGCUAAUGACACCAACUGGCAUUGCUGACCAGGUCCUUAAUGCAGGUGCUCUAGGUUACCUUCCACCUGAAUUCAUCAACUCAAGCGAACCAUGUCCAUCUUUAAAGAGCGAUGUAUAUGGUUUUGGAGUUAUUUUGAUGGAGCUUUUAACUGGAAGAAGCUCAGCUGAGAUAGUUUCUGCAAAUCAAGGUGCCGUUGACUUGACAGAUUGGGUGAAAAUGUUGGUGUCUGAUAACCGCGCUACUGAUUGUUUUGAUAAAGAAAUCUUAGGUAAAAAUGCAUCUGAAACCGAGCAUACAACAGUUGAUAAAAUGCUGCAGAUUGCUCUGAGAUGCAUUCUCCCAGCAUCUGAGAGACCUGAUAUUAGAACAGUCUUACACAAUCUUGACUCCAUACAGCAAUAGAAAUUUUGAUUAAAUUUCUGUUACUGCACUUGUAUAUUGCUUGCUUUUCUUAAUUCAAAGGCAUUAGGGUUUUUUAAACAAUAAAUAAUAAUAAAUAUUUUAAACACA